CGGAAGGGAACGCACGACCUUCGCCUGGCGGUCAGCAGUUGCGGGAACGGGUAGCUAGAAGCCGCUACGGAGGUUCACCGUGUAGCUGCAGGUGUUAGGCCAACCGGGAGAAGGCUAGACGGCAGGCUGACCAGCAUACAGCACAUGUUGUCUUUUGUGUGGCAUUGCUUGGAUUGGAGGCUCUCAGUGGCUGUGGUCCAUCCUUCCUGUGGGAUUUGCAGGGCUGGCUUACUGCAUGUGGUGCAAAUCUAUUGUCCCCUUGAAGGGUCACUGUACCACCGAGUCAUUAAUGUAUUUGCUUGCGCCACAAAAAGCUGCUGGGGGAAUUCUGAAAGCUGGAAGGUGCUACGGUCCCAGUAUUUGCAAAUCCCAAGAAAAGAAAUACAAGACUACACAUGGAAACAGGAGCAAGAACGGACACGAGCAGUCAUGGACUGGUGCGAUGGAGCAGAUGAUUGGGGAGAAGACUGUAAAGAAGCAUCUUCUGAGCUGUGUGGGAUAUUUGACUCUUUUCCCAGAGAAGCACACUGUGUAGCUCAGUUCCAGAGGCUGAGCCUCAGGAAAAGCACAGGGGUCUUUUGUGACCUAGCUGAGAAAAAGCAAACCAAACCCUCCAGCUGCAUCCCUGAGUUUCAGCCCUACUACAUCAGUGUAGUGGAUGAAGAAGACUGCCUUGGUUGUGACAACAUGGAUCACGCUCAGAGGCUUCUAAAGGAAUAUCAGCAGAGGAAGGAGGUGGAUUUGGAGCAGUUGAUGUCAGCAGGUUACACCACUGAUGAUUCUGGUGAGAAGUAUGAGAAGAGUGAAGCUAAAAAGAGAAACCAGAUGUUCCACAAGUUCAUGAAAAGAAUUUCAUUCUGCCAGGAACAGAUCUUAAGGUACUCCUGGGAUGGCCAGCCUUUAUUUAUUACCAGCCCAUCUGCAGACUUCCAAGCAACAGUCCCACCCUGUAAUAACUGCAAGAGUAAUAGAAUCUUUGAAUUCCAACUUAUGCCAGCCAUGGUCAACAUGCUGAAGAUCAAGGACAACGGAUUUGCAGGACAGAUACCAAAGAACGAGAACACCAAGGGUGAUGCCAGAUACAUCAAUAGAAUUUGGAACUGCAGUGGUGUACACAUGUGAGAAAAGUUGUUGGACAGCCAGUUCUGCACCCUUGGAAGAAUAUAUUUUUGUACAAGAAGAUCCAGAUCAGCAACUGUUUAAAUAAAUUCUAU